AUGCCGGGCCCGUUCUCGUCCAAAUCCUUCUCCGCCACGCUCCCCAACUCCCUCGCUGCCAAAUACCGAAAAGCACUCCAGAAACAUCCUUUCCUCCUCUUCGGGCUACCCUUCCUCUCGACCAUAGUAGCUGGGUCGUUCAUGCUCACGCCCGCGACCGCCCUCCGCUACGAGCGCUAUGAUCGCAAAAACCAACAGAUAACGCAAGAAGAGGCAAUGGGACUGAGAGGGGAGAGGAGGAAAGUGAACAUGAAAGAUGAAUAUUAUAGACUACAAGCGAAAGACCUUGAGGACUGGGAGCAAAGGCGCGUUAAGCGGUUACCAGGCGAGCCGGAUGGUACUUUAGUUUGA